AUGACUUCCGACAUGUCGAAAACGAACCUCAACAACCUUGCGCGUCUGGUCGCAAGCAGAACCGACACCCUCAUCAGUCGCCUUAUUCGCGUCCUCUCCACACCAGCAGGAAGAGACAAGACACUCUGCACAUUCCAAUACCUCCUUAUUGUCAUCUACACCCAACUCUCGCGCCUCCAAGGCGUGAGAUACCGCCGCUUCCUCCUCUCCGUCAGUCGCAAACUCGGCGCCGUCCUACUGCCUGGAGAAACAGUCGUUGCGACAUUGUCACCGCCCGAAGACAAACUCAGCCAUGUCAUCAACGGCAGCAAAGCCCUCUCAGGGUUGAUCAGCGACUUCAGAUGCUUCUCUCGUGUCGUAGAGUCGCUGGAUCUGUAUACCUGGGCCAAGGGCACGUGGAACAGUCCUCCCGAGGACGGUAUCGUCAAGGCUGCUGUUUGGGGUCAGAUCUGGACUAUCACCGCAUAUCAGUGGUACGAGAACGUGGCCUAUCUCGCCUCAAAGGGUGUACUGCGCGGUGAGAGGUUCGAUACAAAACAGCAGAACAAGUGGUGGGUGUGGAGUUCGCGUUACUGGAUGGCAUACAUUGCACUAGAAGCUGUGCGACUCGCUCGUGUCUGGCAACUCAGCCCAACAGUCACAUCCUCAAGAGAUGGUGCUGAGAAAGACGCACAGACAUUGGAAGCUGAAGCUCUUUGGAAAAGACAAAUGACUGUCAACAUGGCCUGGGCACCCGUUUCUUACCACUACAGCUUGGAGUCUGGUGCCUUGAGCAAAGAAUGGCUGGGUGUUCUCGGUUUAAUUGCUGGUUCCACUGGUUUCCACAACUUGUGGCGCCAGGCUGCUGCUGCAUAG